AUGUCUAAAUCAAAGGAACUUUUUUCUUCGAGCUCUUCUGGCAGCAAUUCUGAGAGUGAAGUUUACAAACAAUUAAAAAGGAAAAAGCAAGUUGCUCCAGAAAAACCUGUUAAGAAGCAAAAGCCUGGUGAAACUAGGAGAGUUCUGUUAUCUUCCAAACAGAACAGUAGCAGCAGAAAUGAUAAUAUGUUUCAGAUCGGGAAAAUGAGAUACAUCAGAGACUUUAAAGGGAAAGUUAUAAUUGAUAUUAGAGUCCAGAUGGAUCCAGAGGGUGAAAUGACAGGAAGAAAAUGUGUUUCCUUACAUCUGGAGCAAUGGAGCCAGGUGAAGGAACAGAUUUCUGACACUGAUGAUGUAGUAAGAAAACUAAAAUCCAAGCCAUAUAAAACCUGA